CGUGCCCUGCCUUGAAACUGAGCAUGCGCACGACAUGUUGUAAACAAUGAGACUAUUCCAGACCGUUUUCGGCUUUGUGUCUAACCACCGUUUUAUAUUUGCAAACCUAGAAUUCACCUCUCGUUACAUAUAAAAAAUGUUCUUUGUUGCGUCGCUGGGAGCUGAAGCAUGGAGGCCGUUCUGAGCAGACUGAAGGGGCUGAGUGCUGCCGAGCUGUCUGAGGAGUUUGCCCGAGCACACCUCAAGUGUGGCCCCAUCACAUGCACCACGAGAGCCACCUACGAGAGGAAGCUAGCACGCGUUCUUGCCGAACAGGAGGGCUACACGACCGAAACGAACGACGGCUUUUCUCCCGGCAUUUCAGAUGAUGCAGAUCACAGUGCCAAACCCGUUUCAAAUGCCACCACAGCUGCUGCUACAGCCACUGCUACAACAAGCAGUAGCUCUUCUGAGACUGCUACAGAGGAUUUGGAGUUCGGCUAUGGCGUUGGUCUAAACCCCCCAGAAGAAGAGGAAAUCUCGGUGAAAGCAACUUCUAAGACUGCUGCUGAGUUCAGUGACUUUAAGGCCAAAACAGAAACUCCUUCGAAGUCGGCAGAAGUUUCUCCAAACUUUUAUUACGGAGUCUGUCCGCCGUGGGAGGAUGUCUUGUCUAGAAGUGAUGGAGGUCGUGUAUUCACGGAAAUGAAAGAUGCUCUUCAGGCUGUAAAGACCAUGAAAGGAGCUCGCUUCAAAUCUUUUAACAACCGGGAGGAUGCAGAGAAAUAUGCCAAGGGAGUUUGUGACUAUGUCCCGUCUCCCAGCAAAUCUACGCCAUGUGUGUCCCCAAUUAAAUCCAACUUGCUUCUCGGUAAAGAGAGUAUGGAGGUUGAUACCGUCAACAGGGAGCGGGCCAACAGUUUCAAAAGCCCGCGCAGCCAGGACUUGACAGCCAAACUCCGGAAAGCCGUGGAGAAAGGUGACGAGAAAGAGUUCAGUGAACUCGUCUGGAGCAACCCCCGUUAUCUCAUCGGCUCAGGAGAUAACCCUACCGUUGUACAGGAGGGCUGCCGGUAUAACGUCAUGCACGUGGCAGCAAAAGAGAACCAGGCCAAGAUCGCUCAGCUUCUGCUGGACAGCCUGGAAAACCCCGACUUCAUGCGUCUCAUGUACCCAGACGAUCAGGAAGACAUGCUGCAGAAAAGGAUUCACUACAUCGUAGAUCUUUACCUCAACACUCCAGAUAAGGCCGGGUUUGAAACCCCGCUCCACUUUGCCUGCAAGUUUGGAUGUCCAGAUGUGGUGAAUGUCCUGUGCUCGCAUCCCGGCAUUGAUAAGAACUGCAAAAACAAGGAUGGUCUGAAGCCCUGUGAUCUUAUUUGUAGCAGAAAAAAUAAAACCCAAGAAGUGAAACAGAGGAUAGAAGAGUACUUGGAAGACCGUUGCUACGUUCCUCUCCUGAGGGCUACUGACAACACCUCCCAGCCCAUCAUUGGAGAUCCAUGGUCGCCCGAGUCCUCGGAGGGUCUCGCUCGAAACCAGCAGCACACAAGAAGCCCCAUGGAUCCUCUGAUGACUGUCACAGCCUUUGCAGGACCGCUAAGCCCUUUUAAAGCAGCUGAUUUUCGACGGUCCUGGAAGACGCCUCCCAGAGACCGGGCAGAGUUCUACAACAUCCUUAAAUCAGACCUGGACAGAGGGGCAGAAAAAGUGGGCAGAGAUCUGGCUCAUGAGAUGGGACACCCCUGGGCAGAGUACUGGGGCUUCCUGGAUUGUUUUGUGGAUCUGUCGUCUCCUGAGGGCCUCCACAUGCUGGAGGAGUAUCUGAACAGGAAGGAUUUUAGUGUCCGGACUCAUCAAGGAGCCGGGGAGAAUGAGACGAGCAACAGGUUCAAAACCCCCUCCCCAGGCAAGCCCAAAAAGUUCUGCAACUCCAUUUCUGUUGGUGCCUUCCUGGAUGAGGGGGACGAUAUCAGCCUGGAGGAAAUGAAGAACCGGCAAAACGCAGCACUUACCAGCAUCACCUCAUCGGCUGCCACCAAGGACUCGCUGAAAGGAGCCGUGGGGGGCCGCGAGUUCCACAUUGCACUGCACCACCGCGGCGCCAACCUGAUCGAGACGGCCGCCGAGCAGGACCUGCUCUGCUGCUGCAGCGACGCCCUCUUGUCACCCGGAGUGGCCUGCAAAAGCGGGGUGUGCUCUUCCUCCAGAGACAGGACUCACAACGGAGACCGGCUGUCCCCGCGCUCCUCUCCGUCCUCUUCCAAAAUGCUGUCCCCCAUCUCCAAUCUUUUGGUGGAGUUUGAGCGAAUGUCACUACAAGAGAGCCAAGACUCACCUGUGAGCUACAAGGAGAAGAGAAACAGUGGGGAGAACUGGCACAAGGAGGUGCGGGACUCCCUCGGCUCCUCCGCUGCGAAAGACCUGAGCUCCGGGCUGAACCGCCUGUCCCUCAGUCAGGACGGUCUGUCCGUGGACGGGACAUGCAGAGGUGCAGCAGGAGGUACAGAGGGAAGGAGCAGCAGCAGCAGCUCAGAGGAGUACUUUGAAGCAGAGGAGAAUCUGGACGUGUCCGGUUGGACCAAGGGGUCAGGGGUCCGCAACUUCUGUGCCAGGUCCAAAUCAUGGGACCACGGAGGCAGAGACCUGAGCAGCUCAGGAUCUUCGAAAUCCUCUUAUAAGUCCUUGGAUAGCUCUCAGGAGUUCCUCCCCAGAACGCCACCGCACAUUAGAAGAGAGCUGUUCAUCGAAGGGGAUUCACCCUCCAGACUGGACAGAGAGGUUUUGACAGCAAUAAAGAGUGUAGAAGUGGAUCCUCUGAAGUAUCCCAGUAUAUUCAAAUGGAAGAACACACUGAAGUCAUUCUCUGACUUGGACAUGCAGAGCUGGCCCAGCCCUGCUGUGAAACCCCGCCUCAGGAAGCAGCAUCAGAGCCCCGGAUCCCCGAUCAGCGGCCUGAUGUCCCCCACCGGUCGCUUCAGCCCUGUCCGCCAUGUUGCCUCAUCAGACUUCAGCCCCAGCCGUUACAGCCCCGCCAACGUCGGCUACAUCCAACGGCACCGCCUCAAGCACUUGAACGAGCCGUCGCGGUAACGCCUCUGCAAACCCACCUGACAGGCGAGCGAGCGCCAGGAAGAUUUGUGUUAACGAUGUACAGUACUCUAAUGUAAAAGAGGAAUUCUCAUGGCGUUUACUCUCAACCUUAAGAAAGGACGACCUUUGAUCAUUGGCGUACUGUAUGGGCGGUGCUGUUGUGUGAAUCACACAUUCUGGAACAACUCCAACACAAGCCACGCCCCCCGUACUGUUCAGUCCAAUCCUCCGCAGGAUUCUGUCACUGAAAGUGUUUUAAAAGAGUAAAAUAUGUUAAUAUUUUAAAAAUUAUUUUUGUUUUGUAUGUUGGUCAGUAGCACAAAAUGUUUUUAAGAAUAGCGUUCAAACCAACUGCCAUUUCCUGUUUUUCCUCAGUUUAGGGAUUGCCUUAAUUUUUCUGGGGGGUGUCCAGUUCUGCCUGUUUAAAAUACACUCUAGCUCAAAUAUAAAACGUGUGGGGAAACAGGAAAAAAAAGAUCUUCCAUGUUUUUAUGUUGUUCAUUAAUAAAUGUUAGUUCCUGGAC